AAACCGGAAGUGUGUGUGUGUCGAGCGCGCGGUGUGUUGUGGGCCGGUUGGCCGGUGAGAUCUCGAGCUGUUGUGUCGUGAUGAAGAUGAUGUUGAUCACCAGCAGCUGCUUUCAUUCAUAUAUCAGUGUGAGGGAUGUGCAGUGAUGUCCUCCAGACAGGGCUCAUCUCCAGUCCCUCAGUCCAGCGGAGGAGACACCAGCGAUAAGCUCUUCCGCAAGCCCAGGGACCUGCCUGCAUCCUCCAGACACUACCGAACACCUCACUCCCUACCGGACGUCUGUCCCAAGGAGCCCACUGGUGAUGGACGUGCCCUCUGUGAUGGCCCCUCCGUGGUGGCCGACCAGCAUCGCUGGACUGUGUAUAACUCUAAAGUGAAUCUCCCCGCGGCCCUGAACGACCCCAGACUGGCCAAGAGAGAGUCGGACUUCUUCACUAAGACCUGGGGCGUGGACUUUGCUGACACUGAGGUCAUGCCUUCAUUCUACCUGCCCAACAUUAGCCGAGAAGACUUCAGCUCAUACCUGCAGGACACAGCUCAGAGGGAGAAGAUUCAUGAGCGCUGUAAGAAUAUCUGUCCGAACAAAGAUGAUCAGUUGGUCCCUACCAUCACAAAUAAUCAUGAUAAAGCCAGAGCCGAACUGGAUCAGGUGCCCAAGAUCUUCAUGAGGCCUGAGUUUCAGCUGAAUGACCCAGCCACAUUUAAUGCCGUGUUGCCGUGGUCUCACUUCAGCGUCGCCGGGGGGAUGAACAACCGAGAUGUUGCAUCAUCACGGUUACUGCAGGAAAAGUUGAGUCACUACCUGGACGUGGUGGAGGUGAAUAUUGCACGGCAGAUCUCUCUUCGCUCUGAGGCGUUUUUCCAUGCCAUGUCAUCUCAGCACGAGCUCCAGGACCAGAUGAGAGAGACGGCUGAUGCCGUUGCGAAGCUUCGGGCUUGCACGGCCGCCAUCGACCGGGUAAUGUGUCGAGGGCCGAUACGUGCCCUGCGGGACGCUCUGACCCGUGACAACUGUAUUAAAUUACACAAUAAACUCAAGCUGAUGGCUGCAGUGCACCAAACGCAGCCCACAGUGCAGUUACUGCUGUCCACCUCAGAGUUUGUGGGGGCACUAGAGCUCAUCGCCACCACCAAAGAAGUACUGCAGCAGGAACUGCAGGGAAUUCAUAGCUUCAGACAUUUGGGUUCUCAGCUCUGUGAGAUGGAGAGAUUAAUCGAUAAAAUGAUGGAGGCUGAUUUCUCCACAUAUGCUCAGAGUGAUCUCAAUCGACCCUUUGAGGAGGACAUUCAGGUCCUGGAGAAGGAUCGUUUGCAGUCUCUGGUCUUCGGUUUGUUGAGACAGAGGAAACUGGAUUUCCUGGAUAUCUACAGUGAUGAGAUGAUCCGCGCAGCCAAGAACAUCGUACGGCAGUGUGUUUUGAAUUCCGUGUCCCAGAACAGUGAUAUUGAUCCCAACACUAUCAAAUUGCACGAGCAGAUGCGCUCAAUGACGCUUCAGCUGUGGUUUGAUCUUCUGAAGGAUAUCUUUGAACAUUUCAUCCUGUUCCUCAAGAGAAUCAAGGCCACACUCAGCAUCAUCCGAAACGUCGUGUUGGAAGUGCUCGACAGCAGCCAGAGAAGUCGAUUGGCUGAUGUUGCCUCGGCUGUGAAUCAUUCUGACGGCAGGGCCAAUGAGGAUGACGAGGAGGAGGAGUCAGGAGGCUCCGCCCUUCAUUCAGGAGAGACAGCGCUUGCAUAUCUCACUCACGAGGGGCUUUUCAUCAGUGAUGCAUUAAAUGAAGUGGAACAAUGUAACAGCACGGCUGCACACGCGCAUUUGAAAGCGCAAACGCGUUUAGAGGCCUGCGGGAGCGACUCGGCUUCCGCGACUACUGAAUCUUCCUCCAGCAGGGAACAUAACACCAACACUACCUCUUCACUGCCCAUAUGGGGCGCUGCUGCAAUUAGUGAGGAUGUGAUGCCAUCUGAUCUUGAGUUGGGUCGAGUGGCCAAUAACAUCCAAGAGCUGCUGUACACGGCGUCAGACGUCAGUCACGACCGCUGCGUCAAAGUGCUCAUGACCCGAGCCAAGGAUGGCUCUCUGGAGCGCUUGAGUUCGUCAGAGUUUGUGUGUUUGAGUCAGACAGUCGAGACUUUCGCCAGAGACACUGAAGAGCUGUGUGGCAGACGCAGUGUGAGCCUGAGGGGGGCGCUGCAGAGUCAGGCAAACCGCUUUGUACAGCGAUUCCAUGAAGAACGCAAGAAUAAACUCAGUCUGCUGUUAGAUAACGAGAGGUGGAAACAGGCGGAGGUUCCUGCUGAGUUUCAGGAUCUGGUUGACUCCAUGGCUGAUGGACGCAUCAAUUUGCCUGAACGCAAAUCCACAGGCUCUGAGGACAGGAAGCCCAGUGACUUCCUGUGUGUUGAUGGGCAGAAGUACGCUGUUGUCGGGACGGUGCUGCUGUUGAUCCGGAUGUUUCUGGAAUACUGUCAGUGUGUGAAUAACAUUCCCUCCAUCGCCACAGACAUUCUCACACGCCUCGCUGACCUGCUCAAGCACUUCAACUCUCGGAGCUGUCAGCUGGUGUUGGGGGCUGGAGCUCUGCAGUUGGUGGGACUGAAAACCAUCACUACCAGAAACCUGGCUCUGGUGUCUCGCUGUCUGCAGCUGGUCAUUCACUACAUCCCAGUGAUCCGAGCACACUUUGAGACCAGACUGCAGCCCAAACAGUACAGUAUACUGCGACACUUUGACCACAUGACAAAGGACUAUAAUGAUCACAUCUCAGAGAUCUCUGCUAAACUGGUGGCCAUCAUGGACAGUAUGUUUGAGAAAGUGCUUUCUAAGUAUGAGGUGAAGGCUCCAAUGCCGUCAGCGUGUUUGCGUAACGUGUGUAAACAGAUGGCCAAGAUGCAUGAAGCCAUUAAUGAACUCUUACCAGAGAAGCAGACACAGAUGCUGUUCUUACAGAUAAACGCCAGCUUUAAGCUGCAUGUGAAGAGACAGUUGGCGCGAUUGGGAGUUAUAAAUGAUGGCGGACCCCAAUAUGGGUUGGUGAUGGUGGACGUGGCGUUUUACUCUGAGAACGUUCAGGCUUUGCGCUCUCUGGAGCGAUUGGACUUAAACAUGCCUGAGAUCUGGGAGCAGAAGAGGUGAUAACGGGCCGCUCCUCCUGGCCAAUCAGGCUUCUUGGCCACGCCUACCAUCACGGUGACCCCGUCUCGGAGGAGGAAGUGAGGUCAGUGGGGAACAGGAAGGAGCAAGUGGACAGACUCAAGGUGUUGUUUUUAUACCUCUGUGAAACUGGAUUCCUCCAGCGGCACCCGACGCUCCGCCCGCCGCCUCCACCAAUCAGAACGCAAUCGUCUGGGCUCGUUAAACGCGGAGGUCGCUGGUGAUGUAGAAACGUCUCUCCUAUCAGUUCGUACCCAGAAGGUAUCAGAGACCAAAUCAGGACAUGCUUGUGUGAUUGACCAAUCCGGUCGCAGCUGGGAAUUGUGGGAAAUCGGUUUUGUUGUCUAAAGGGGAGAUGCAUCCUCAGUGCCUCCUUCAGUACCGCCACUACAGUGCAAUUAUCCAUUCACGUGCAGUUCUGUCUGAUUGUUGGUACCCAAUUAUUUAAUCACUGUCGAAUGAAAUAAUGAAUGGUUAUUUAUUUCAAUGUAUAUGUCGUUGAUUGAUUUUCGGGUGAACUGGAGAACUUGUACCUAAAAAGCAGUUUUGAAACACUGACUUAUUAUGAUUUUUGGUUUUCAUGUUUGUUUAUUCUUGUUCAUGUUGGGCAAAUCAAUGACGUAUCAAAGCUAUGGAGAGGUCAAAGGUCAAGGAUGGUAGACCAAGGUUAUUACGCAAAUCUUUCUCAUCUUUAAGCAUCUUUUUAGGAUUAUUUAUAUAUAUAUAUAUAUAUAUAUAUAUAUAUAUGAACCGACCCAUGAUAUUGGCUACGCUAACUCCCAGUACCAAAAUAUAUUAUAAUAAUAGUGGAUGAUGGAAGUCCUCUUAAAACACAGUAAUUUGACAUCAAUGCAUGUAAAAUAAACAUCUAAAAGAGUCCUCAUAGCCCCUGUGUUAAACCUGGUUUCCCGUCUUGUGCGAUGGUUUUAGGUCUCUUUAUUGGAACCUUCUUGAACAAUCAUGAUUAUAAGUUCAAUCCCUUUCCACUGUAGUGCAUUAAAGUUAUUUCUCUGACCUCCAACCCCUUGAAGAGGUGUUUGUGUGUUGCUGUGGGCAUCUGUCAUUCAGUAAGAUCUUAUUUAAAACCUGUGCUGUCCCAAUAAAAAGUGCCUACCAUUUAUUUGAUAUCAAAGACGACUACUGAUCAGAAAUAUACUGAUGGGGAAAUAUCGUGGCAUGCUUGACCAUUCAAAGUGUGGUAUUUUUAUUAUUAAUAAAGCCACAGUGAAUAUAUAAACACCUGUUGUUCAUUUUAUGUAAUGCAUUUGAAUU